AAGCAUGUAAUGGAACGGCUUUGUGAGUAAUAGAAAGGCUUUAUGGGGCUCAGGCACAAUCCCUCAUCAUCCACGCCUAGCAAUACGCCCAGGGUGUAAGAGGUGCACAGGCACAGGGUACAGUUCUAGAGCGAGCCCCUUCGCUUCUUAGCCGAUACCUUCCGACCACUUUGUCCUUAUAGUGUCACCGAUUUCACCUUGAAUAACCGCUGAGCUCUUUGGUCAAGUCUACGUGGCUGGCUACUACAAAAUCACCAUAUUGCAUCGCAACAUCCCUGAUAAUGGGCAUAGACGUGCUGUUGGGGCUUACGCCUCAAGUUUUGGCUCUGUUUGUUGGCAGCGGAAUUGUUUUUUUCACCAUCUUCUACAGAUGGGCUCUGCCGAAACCAAUCCCUGGUAUUCCAUAUAACAAGGAGGCGGCGAAGUCCAUCUUUGGAGAUGUCGCUGCGAUGGUCGAGGCGACCAGCAAGACCAAGGAAAUGUUUGCUUGGAUGAUGGAACAGAAUGUCAAAUUGGAAUCGCCGAUCAUACAGCUCUUCACUCGUCCAUUUGGCAAGCCUUUGGUUGUUAUUGCAGAUUUUCGAGAAGCACAGGACAUUAUGGUGCGACGAACUAAGGAGUUCGACAGAUCCAAGUUUUUUAGUGAAGUUUCUGGUGCAAUUUCUCCCAAGAGUCACUUUAGCAUGCCGACAAAUAGCGAGUUUAGACAACACCGUAAAUGGAUUCAAGGAGUCAUGGGCAUGGGCUUUUUACACCAGACUGCCGCACCGCAUAUCUAUGCAGCUGGUCUCGACCUCCUACAACUUUGGGAACAGAAAUCACGACUUACUAAAGGGCACCCAUUCGCCGCCGACGAUUUGUAUGGCACAGCCAUGGAUGCAGUCUGGGCAAUUGUCUUUGGAGCCGACAUAGAUAAUAGCACAACAAAAGCCCAGCUGAAGCUAUACUCAACCAUCAAAUCAAUUCACCUGGAGAAUGACCUGGACUCCCCAGUAGAGCUGCCAUCAGCACCGUAUCCAGCAGCUGUGCAAUCUAUCCUCACCCUCACCGAUAGUGUUGAGACCAGCAUCAAGUCCCCAGUGCCGGUUCUUGCUCAUUGGGUCUUGAGGCAAACGUCUAAGAUGAAGAAGGCGUAUAAAGACAAAGAUCAGGUCAUAGGAGAUGAGAUCAAUAAGGCUGUCAAAAGGGCUACAAGCAAGGAUGCUAAGGAGAAAACCAUUACCUGCGCGAUUGACGACUUCGUCCAGAGAGAAAUGCUCCUGGCACAAAAGGAAAACCGGCAGCCAGAAGCUCAAGGACGGGGAAUGUAUGACGAGAUCCUCGGAUUCAUCAUGGGAGCCCACGAUACCACUGCAACAGCGAUUCAAUGGGGACUCAAAUAUCUUGCCGAUAACCCCGACGUGCAAGCCAAACUUCGCGCUGAGCUUCGUGCAUAUCACGUUGAAGCCACAGCAGAGAAGCGCUUACCAACGUUCCAAGAGAUCAACGAAUCGCAAAUGCACUACAGGGAUGCCGUAAUCGAAGAAAUUUUUCGUUGUUCCUUGUCAGAAGCUGCAAGCAUCCGUACUGCUGUAGUUGACGCCGAGGUCCUCGGACACCGUAUUCCUAAGGGCACAGAGGUUUUCUUACUGGGCAAUGGGCCAAGUAUUUUCGCUCCUGAGUUCAACAUUGACGAAUCGCUGCGAACAAAAUCAGGUAUCGAGGCCAAAGACAAAGUUGGUACCUGGAAGCACGAGGGUAUGGCCGACUUUGAUCCAGAGAGAUGGAUGGCUGAAGACAAAGCUACAGGACAAAAGCUAUUCAACUCGGCUGCGGGACCGCAUCUUAUCUUUGGUCUUGGAGAACGUGGAUGCUACGGGCGCAGAAUGGCCUACGUAGAGAUCAAGCUGCUGAUUACUCAGAUUGUGUGGAAUUUCCAGCUGUAUAAAUGCCCUGAAGCGCUUAGCAGCUAUGCGGCGAUUGAUAAGAUGACCCAUGUACCGCAGCAAUGCUAUAUUAAGCCUGUGAAGCUAGUAUGGUAGUAGAUUUCAUUUUGUUUAAAAAUAUAAUCUUUCUGGUCAA